GACGGCAUAAUUUUUCUAAUUAAUAUGUAAAAAAAUAAAAAAAAUUACGGCCACGAACUCCAAUGUUCCGCUGCUCCAUGACAUUCCACGUCCCGGACGCAGGGGACGGUGUGUUUGUCCUAUCCAAAUCCAUUUCCUCCCACGAGCAUAACGUUAGCUAUAACAAAACAACAAUUCAUCAAUGGCUUCUUCUAUGAAUUUGACAACCAAGUCUUUCAAUUUACCCUUUUGCCAUUCUUAAUCGUCCUCCUACGCUCCAUUUUCUCGGCCCGUCCAACUCUCCCAAUUCAACAAGCUGGGCAAAGCCUUGAAACUCAUCAGUUCCACCCAAAGCAUUUCUGGGUUCCCUUUAUUUGCUUCCCAUAAGCUCUCCACCAUCACCCCUGCCCCCCAAAGACUCCAAUCUCUCACUGUCUUUGCUGCUAAAGGCUACAAAAUGAAAACCCACAAGGCUUCUGCAAAGCGAUUUCGGGUGACAGGAAGAGGGAAAAUAGUUAGGAGGAGAGCUGGGAAGCAGCAUUUGUUGGCCAAGAAGAACACCAAGCGUAAAUUGCGUCUCUCCAAAAUGCAUGCAGUUAGCCGGAGUGACUAUGACAAUGUGAUCGGUGCCUUGUGGUAUCUCAAAGUGAAUAGAAAUGCCAAGUAAAGAGUGUCUUCAAGCGUCAUGUGAGAACUUAUGUUGUUUUCUUGUAAUUUCUCAAAAUUAUGUUAGAAAUAAUGUGUUUAUUGUUUUAACCUCCGAUGCAUUUAGUGGCCAUUGAUCAAUUGUAAGUUGAAAUCUAUUUUUUUCAAACAUAUUGGCACCUAUUUGAUUCCAGUUUAUGGCGUAACGCAUAACAUUAUAUGCAUCGAAUGCCUAUGCCUUGGAUGUUGGAUGCUUUGGGGUCCAAAAAAAGGCUUAGACCACAUAAAGUGGCCUAAGAAUCCUCAAUCAUGUUAGUCAAAACAUAGUUCAUCAGAUCUCCUGUAUUUGCUUUAUCCUUGCCUGAUCUGAGGAUAAUGACCUACAGUCAUGUAUAUGAAGUCUACCAUUUCAUUGA